UGCAACUUCGGCCCGCUACGCGACGAUUCGAGCCGAGUUCACAGACACUCAUUAUUUCGUAUUACGUUCCUCGCGCCGUCAGCCAGCGCCAGAACAUCAGUCGCAUUUCGUUCGCCGAACACAGUGCUCGUUUUAUUCCCUUUAAUCUCCAUAAUAAACUUAGAAAACCAAAAAAUGGCCUGCUCCGUCAGUGACACGCCCGCCCUGAAGGACCUCCCGAAGGUCGCCAAUGACCUCAAGAGCCAGCUGGAGAGCUUCAACACCGGCUGCCUCCGUGAUGUAGACACCAAUGAGAAGAUUGUUCUGCCAUCUGCCGAAGACAUAGCUCAAGAGAAACAGCACACAGCGCUCCUUCAAGAUUUAGAGAAAUUCCAACCUUCAGUAUUGAGGAAGACAGAUACAGUUGAAAAAGUAGUACUACCGAACGCGCUAGAUGUUGCCGCCGAAAAAACUCAAAAGUCAUUAUUUGACGGUAUCGAAAAGUUCGAUGCAAGCAGACUGAAGCACACAGAAACGCAGGAAAAGAAUCCGCUUCCUGAUAAAGAUGUUGUUGCCGCUGAGAAAGCUCAUCAGAACCUCCUCGACGGUGUUGAACAUUUCGACAAGACCCAGAUGAAGCACACAACAACGGAAGAAAAGAACCCAUUGCCGCCCAAAGAAGCUAUUGAAGCGGAGAAGGAAAAGAACAAGUUCCUGAACGGCAUCGAAAACUUCGACCCGGCCAAGCUGAAGCACACAGAGACGUGCGAAAAGAACCCCCUGCCCACAAAGGACAUCAUCGAGCAGGAGAAGACGGCCUGAACGCCUACAAAUUAAUUAACCGCACUCAUAUAUCGCUAGUAUCGCCGUAUUUUAGUAUCUGUAUAAGUUUCUUAUAAGUAACAGGCCCGUUUGCGUCGUCCGUUAAUUUUAAAAAAUUUAGAAAUUCAAUUUCCGAACGCAACUGUCACAUUCACUUUUUAAAUACAACCGUUUCCAUAGAUUAAAAUUUAAGACAACACGAGAACAAGGACAAGGCUGAUAAAAUAAUAGUACAACUAUUUUUGUCUAUGGUGAAGUAGUUUUAUGAACUUUUUUGUAAGAGACGAUGUUAUAGCUGUCUCGUUUUACUGUUCGUCGCCCGGGCUUCCGUGUUUACACAUCUCCUGUCCGUGGACAAAUGGAAACGGGCUUCGUAAACUGGUCAUUUAUCAUUAGUAUUUAAGAACCAAAUUUUCUAUGUCACUUUUAACAUGAUAUAAUAUGUAAUAAGUGUAUUUUAUGAGCAUUUUAUUUAAUUUAUAUUUGAAGAUAUUAAUUAAGAUUCUGUACUGAUUUUAUUUUAGGUUGGAGACACUGCACUCCAUGAUAAAUGAAAUAAUAUUUUGCUUUCGUGUGCUUGUGUUCUCCAUGUUUUAGUUGAGAUUAAUUAGACGACUGAGAGAAUCGUGCAUCGAAUUUGAAUUAUGUCAGAUUAAAAAAAUACGGGAGUGUAGUUGCGAAAAUAUUUAAAGAAAUAAAAAAAAUCUUUGUUUUAAUUAAAUGAUCUUAUUCGUUCGAUAACGGUAAUAUUUUAACGCAAUAUAAAUGCUCAAUUAUGUACCGGAAUGCUAAGAGUCUGUGUUAUGUAACAAUAGUCGAAGCAAUAGUGUUCUCUUGAGAUAUAAACAAUAAUUUUAUACUGAUUUUUACUGCAUUGUGUAAUUCCACAAUAAUCUUUCACUAUUAACAAGCUGAAGAUGCCAAUAAAAACAUUUUAUCGACAUUUGUACGUUUUACAGACGGUGCUUUUUUAUAAAUAAAAAA